AUGACUACGAGAUCUGGAAAGAGUUUUAGAGGUAAAAUAACUGACAAUCAAUUUGAAGAAUUAUUUAUUCGUAUGGUCGAACAAGUGGAGUCUCUUAAUGUUCGGGUUGGUAAUAUUGAAGCCCAAAUAUCUCAACCUUGCAGUUCUUCAACCAACAAUGAACAAGAGGAGAAUCCUGAAGCCAAUGAUGAUAAAAGUCAAGAGAAGCUGCCAGCAAAGACAAUUGCUCCAGUGCCUUUCCCUACAGCCCAACAGACACCUAAUUGGGUGAGAGAUAUAUUGCAAUCAACACAAGGACAUCACAAUACUUUUGAUGACAUCACAAAGAGGGUAAAGAUUGAAGUACCAAAUUUUGAAGGCAAAGUAAAUCCAACUGAGUUUGCUGAUUGGCUUUCUUCCAUUGAAGAAUAUUUUGAUUGGUAUGAUCUGGAUGAUGAUCAGAGAGUAAGGUUCGCUAAGAUGAAGCUAGUAGGUCUUGCCAAAAUUUGGUGGAUGGGUGUUGAAGGAAAUUUAAGGAGAAUGGGAUCACCACCCAUUGGUACUUGGCAAGAGAUGAAAGCUAAGCUUAGGGAAAAAUACAUGCCUACCAAUUACUAUGAUAAAUUAUGUGAGCAAGCAAUCAACUUGAAGCAAGAUCCAAGGCAAAGAUUAUCAAGAUUUAAAUCUGGUUUGAGGUCCGACAUUAGGAGGGAGCUACUAAGACAACCUAUCUACGGCUUAGAGCAAGCUUUUCAAGUUUCUUUGGAUUUGGAGGAGUAUCUUGGAAGUUUCAAAAGACCUAAUAUAAAACACAGCAACAGAGUUAUAGCAAAUCAGCCUUCAAAACAACCUAUGAAGGCCAAGGUACCUUUUCCUAAUGCUUCUGAACUUAGAGGAAAAGGCAACCAAUGUUUCAAAUGUGGACAGCCUGGUCAUAUGGCAUAUAAUUGUCCUAAAAGAAACCUACAUCUUGAUGUAGAACAUCAUGAAGAACCUGAUCAACGAAGAGAGGAAGAUGAAGACAAUUUCAACUAUGAAGUUUAUAAUUAUGAUGACUUGGAAGAAGAUGAAGUAGAUACUUCAUUAAAUGCUAUUGUUAGACGUAUCCUUUCAAUUCCGAAAGAUGAGAAGGAAGAUUGGAAACGCACCUCUAUUUUUCAAAUGUUGGUUCGUUGUGAAAAUCAAGCACAAAAACUUAUCAUUGAUGGUGGUAGUAGUAUGAAUGUUGUUUCGGCAUCUAUGGUAGGACGAUUAAAACUUCCUAUUGAACCGCAUCCACAUCCAUAUAAAGUAGCAUGGAUUGACAGUACUUCAAUUCCAGUAACCCAACGCUGUCUAGUUUCUUUUUCAUGUAGGGUUUACAAUGACUCAAUUUGGUGUGAUGUGAUUCCGAUGAAAGUAACACAUAUUCUUCUUGGUCGUCCUUGGCUUUAUGAUAGAGAUGUGUUUCACUGUGGGAGAGAAAAUAUCUACUCUUUCAUGUUCAAAGAUAGGAAGGUUGUGUUGAAGCCUAUGACGGUAGCUGAGAUGGAUAAAUAUAAGGUGGAAAAACCAAGUAAGGUUUCUAAUAAUCCACAAAAGUCUCUACAUAUUCUUACUAAGAAGAAUUUUGAGAGAGAAAGUAAAAAAAAUGGAGUUAUAUAUGCUGUUCUAGCAAAGGAAACAAAGAAGGAAACAGCAACCAGCAAGCAAACGUUUCCAGUAGAGAUUCAGAAGUUGCUGUCUGAUUUUUCAGAUUUGGUUCCGGAAGAAUUUCCAAGUGAAUUACCUCCUUUACGUAACAUUCAGCAUGCCAUAGACCUUGUACCAGGAGCUCAAUUACCUAAUCUUCCAGCAUAUCUUAUGAAUCCUAGCGAGCAUGCAGAGCUUAAGAGGCAAGUGGAGGAGUUGCUGUCCAAGGGAUUCAUCCGUGAGAGUUUAAGUGCUUGUGCUGUUCCUGCUUUGCUUACACCCAAGAAAGAUGGGAGUUGGCAAAUGUGUGUUGAUAGUCGUGCGAUUAACAAGAUUACAAUCCAAUAUCGCUUCCCUAUCCCUCGAUUUGAUGACAUGUUGGACAUGAUGGCUGGUUCGUGUAUAUUUUCAAAAUUGGAUCUAAAAAGUGAAUAUCACCAAAUUCGUCUAAGGCCCGGAGAUGAGUGGAAAACAGCUUUCAAAACAAAGGAUGGUCUUUAUGAAUGGCUGGUAAUGCCAUUUGGUCUUUCAAAUGCUCCAAGUACAUUUAUGAGGUUUAUGAAUCAAAUUCUACAGCCAUUCUUUGGUAAAUUUUUGAUAGUAUAUUUUGAUGAUAUAUUGAUAUAUAGCAAGAGCAAGGAAGAAUACAGGUUUGUAUAUGCCUCUUCCCAUACCUCAUGAGCCAUGG